AUGGUCUCGCAAGCAUUCGAACAAAAGGCCCAGGCCGUCAAACAAUUGUCUUCUACCCCCUCGAACGACGAUUUGCUCAAGCUCUACGGGCUUUUCAAGCAAGCUACCGUUGGCGACAACACCACCACGCGUCCAAGUGCCCUAAAUUUCAAGGACAAAUAUAAAUGGGAUGCAUGGGAAGCCAACAAGGGCAAGAGUCAAGAGGAUGCUGAGAAGGAAUACAUUGCCUUUGUUGAUGAGUUGCAGGCCAAGGACCAGUGA